AUGGCGUCUGCAACAAGCAUCUACGACUUCAAGCCCCUUAACAAGAAAGGCGAGGAGACCGACCUGUCCCAGUACAAGGGCAAGGUGGUGCUGAUCGUCAACACGGCAUCCAAGUGCGGCUUCACGCCGCAGUACGCGGGGCUCGAGAAGCUGUACAAGGACGUGCGCGAGAAGGCCGGCGACGACUUUGUCAUCCUCGGCUUCCCCUGCAACCAGUUCGGCGGCCAGGAGCCCGGCACCGACGACGACAUCCAGAGCUUCUGCCAGGUCAACUACGGCGUCACCUUCCCCAUCUUCGGCAAGACCGAGGUCAACGGCGACAACGCCAACCCGCUGUUCACGUGGCUCAAGGAGGAGAAGCCCGGCCUCAUGGGCCUCAAGCGCAUCAAGUGGAACUUUGAGAAGUUCCUCAUCGGCCGCGACGGAAAGGUCAAGAACCGCUGGGCCAGCACCACCAAGCCCGAGUCGCUGGAAAAGUACAUAUUCGAGGAGCUCGACAAGAAGGAGUAG